AUGAAGGUGUUGAUCUGCGGUUUGAACGGCGCUGGUGUUGAAACAGCAAAGAAUCUCAUCUUAGCCGGACCAAAUACUGUUGCACUGCAUGAUCCAACUAUAAGCAGAAUUCAAGAUUUAGCCUCUAAUUUCUACUUGACAGAGCAGGAUGUACAGCAGGGUGUGAGCAGAGCUGAAGCAUGCGUGAAACGUCUCUCAGAAUUAAACGAUUACGUCAGCACUACAAUCAUUGAAGGGGAGUUGUCACCAGAAGUUCUCCAUCAAUUCGAUGUCGUCGUAGUGUCGGAUAUGAAAAUGUCAGAAAUGAUCAGAAUCAAUAGGAUUUGUCGCUCUCAUGAGCCUUCAAUCGGAUUUGUAGCGAUGGACGGUUUUGGUUUAUGUGCGUCAGUAUUUGUUGACUUUGGGGAUGAAUUCGCAGUUUUCGAUAGAAACGGGGAACAGCCUCAAUCUUCAAUUAUUGAAGGAAUAACUCAAGAUUAUCCAGCAACAGUCCAUUUGCAUCAAGACAAACGUAAUCCUUUCGAGUUGGGGGAUUUUGUUCAGUUUAGAGAAAUUCAGGGAAUGUCUGAAUUGAAUAAUCGAAUGGCAGUUAAAAUUUUAUCAUCUGGAAGAUAUUCAAUUUCUAUUGAUUGCGAUACAAAAGAAUUGCCUGCGUAUUUGCGUGAUGGAGUUGUAGAACAGGUGAAGGUUCCAUCAAAGAUUCAAUUCAGAUCAUUGGAACUUUGUUUGGAACGCCCAGUCGCUUCCGAUGAGGAUUCUCUCUUGGUUCCUGAUUUGGCGAAAUUCGGACGAUCUGAGCAAUUGCACUUUGGGAUCCAAGCUGUCUACGCCUACAGAGAGAAGCACGGUUUUUUGCCGCCUCCAAGAAAUUCAGCAGCAGUGGAAGAAUGUCUCGCAACUGCAAAUCAUUUAAAUGAACAAGCGAAAAAAUCAUCAGAGGAAACGAAUGAAGGAGUGAAUUGGAAAUCUGCUCCUGUGGAUUCGAUCGAUCGCGCAAUCAUCGAAAAUAUCGUGUAUUAUGCAUCUUGUCAUAUUUCACCAAUCGCUGCUUUUUUGGGCGGAGUCGUCGCGCAAGAAGUUGUCAAGUUUACAGGAAAAUUCACGCCGUUGCACCAGUGGCUUUAUUUUGAUGCCUUUGAGUGUCUUUUGAAAACCCCUCCUGUUGACACCGAACCCUUGAAUAGCCGUUACGAUCAUCAAAUUGCAAUUUGGGGUAAAAAUUUCCAAGAGCGUCUCGGCAAGAUUCGAAUGUUCGUUGUUGGAGCGGGAGCUCUUGGAUGUGAAUAUUUGAAGAGUUUUGCCCUGAUGGGUUGUAGCACCAGAGAAAGCCAUCUGACUGUGACCGAUAUGGAUCGAAUCGAGGUGUCAAAUCUGAAUCGGCAGUUCCUGUUCCGUCGUCAUCAUGUUGGGACCCCGAAAUCCCGCACAGCUGCUGAAGCUGCUGCAACUAUGAAUCCAUCUCUGCGCGUUAUUUCCAGCGAGGCGCGUGUUGGUCCCGAAACUGAAGAAGAGUUCAACGAUUCUUUCUGGGAGGGACUAGACUUCGUUGUCAACGCGUUGGACAACGUCCAAAGUCGUCUCUAUAUCGAUGGACGAUGCGUUUGGUAUCGCAAACCACUUCUCGAAUCUGGAACGUUGGGAACGAAAGCAAAUUCUCAAGUUGUGAUUCCUUGCAUGACGCAAAGCUAUGGUGACAGUCAAGAUCCUCCCGAGGAUUCGAUACCUCUUUGCACAUUGCGCCACUUUCCAAAUCAGAUUGAACAUACGAUUGAAUGGUCGCGCGAUCUUUUCCAGGGAUUAUUUUGCGAUGGCCCUCAAGAAGCCUCAUCUUUUUUGAACAACGUCAACGGAUUCUUGAUGCGUCUUUGUUCGGAAGGAACGACAGCAACGCAGCGUGAACGACUUGAGAAGAUUCAUGAUUUACUCGCAACCCUCAAAGGAGGUCCAACGAUGGCGAUUUGCGUUUCAAAGGCUGUUGCUCUUUUCGUUAACUACUUUGACCAUCAGAUCGCGCAACUUCUCCACACGUUCCCAUUGGAUCAUUUAACAUCUGGAGGACUCCCGUUCUGGAGCGGUCCAAAACGGCCCCCUCAGCGACUCCAAUUCAAUCCAAAUGAUGCAAUGCAUCUCGAAUUUGUAGCAGCUGCUGCGAAUUUAAUGGCUUACAAUUUGGGAAUUCAGCAAGAAAGAAGCAAACAACGUAUUCGUGAAAUCGCUGAAAAUGUUCAAAUUCAAGCGUUUCGCGCUAAAGAAAUUCGAAUCAAGGUCGAUGAGAAAGACAACACAAUAGAAGGAGCGGCAGAUGAUGAAAUUGUAAAGGACAAAUUGCAACGAGAACUGGUCCAAAUCGCCGAAUCUCUGCAAAAAACAGGCUUUGCAGCGCAAGUUGCUCCAGUUGAAUUUGAAAAAGAUGACGAUACAAACUUCCACAUCGAUUUUAUUUCUGCGUGCGCGAAUCUGCGAGCUCGGAAUUAUCG